AUGGACAAAGAGAAGAAAUAUCAAAUAUCCACCAGUGCCUGGAGUGAGUUACCGCCAAACAAGACCCCACGAAAAUCCAUUCGUCGCGAUAGACUUGAUACCCCAGGUCGACGUUCCGUCAACGAACACGAAAAUGAAAGCCCUGUGCCGUCAAGUACAGCGACCUCACCUGCAAGAGUAGCCCAGGAUCUGCAACCAAGCAAUCAAAAGUUUGCUCGCGACGAUGGGGAUCUCUCACAUACAGACGGACACUUGACGGGGUUAUCAACUGACCUUGUCUUGAAAUCAUUAAACGUUUUCGUGAACAAAUACCCCGAGCUGGCCAUUCUUCACCUUCCCUCUUUCGCCAAGAAGCACCAAUCGCAAGAUACAAAGGAAAUCAAGACUCUACUGGCUGCCUUAUUGGCAAUCACCCGAUCCCAUCCCUUGCUCAUCACGUUUCCUUGGGAAAGCUCUCUCUUACCAAAAGAGCGCUAUGCGGAGUAUGCCCGAGACAGAUUGUCUCGGAGCUCCUUUGAGGCUCCCAGACUCGAGGUAGCGCAGGCGCUGCUUAUAAUGACUGUAUACGAGUGGGGUACUCGAGAGUUUCAUCGGGCCUGGAUAUACUGUGGUAUCGCCACAAGAAUCAUGCAAGCAUUAAACAGUUCACGAAUCGCACCUUAUCCAUUGGAUUCGACUCCAAACCAGCGUGAAGCUGUUUCCUUCGCGAUCGAGAAUAGAACCACUUGGGCCUGCUUUAUCCUGGAUCGCAUGGUCAGUUCGGGAACAUACAACCCUCCUAUGCUUCCAUGGUCGGAGAUGGAAAAGCUCAAAGUGUUUCGGCCUCUGAGUGCCGUCGAGUUUGCAUUCGGACCUGAUCUUGUUUCGCAAAUGAAUGGCAAUGAAAAUAAUCUUUCAACACCACAACGCGAGCAGACCGCUCUGUUUGACAUCACGCAGUCCUUCGAAGUUCUCGUCUCUGGAUUUGAUAUCUGGGCACAAGUCAUGACUUUUAUCUAUAAUGAUGGACGUCGCGCGCCGGGAAUGUGCGCUCCACAGAAUUGCCCUUGGGCUUCUGAAUCACCCUGGUCAAAAACAAGACAUCACCUUCAAACAUGGCGGGCCAAUCAGCACCACAGGCUUUACUAUCCUGAUAAUAGUGUGCUGGCCCACACGACAUUAGGCUACGGGGAAUCUUUUACUUAUCUUAAUCUGCUUUAUUCAAUAUGGUACGUGCAUAGCCUUUUCCUCGGCUCCUCCUUAGCAGACAUUAACCAGGUGUACUUUAGUACAUUAAUGCUCCACCGAGAAUAUUUCCCGUUCAUGCCAACUGGACUGACGGCCCCCAGAGGACCAAUCGAUCCUCCAACACUAGAGGGAGAGUCACCGGAAGGAUGGUGGGAAGCAAGUGCAUUUGAGUUGUUCGGAGCCGCAGAAAAUAUUGCCUGCCUUCUGCACGAGGCUUCUGAAUGUGGUGCCGAGAUUAUAUCUCCUUUUGUUGGAUUCUGUGCAUUUUCGGCGGCAUACAUGAAUCUUUACGUUUUCCGAUUUCCACAAAUGAACCUGGGCCGCAGUCAGAAUGCAGAGCGCAAUCUGGCUUACUGCAUGGCUUAUCUUGAAAACUUUCGACAGGUGUGGACGCUCGGAGAUAGUUGGCUAGCAACCAUUAAGAACGCAUCGCUUUUGUACCAGCGAGCCACGUCUGAUAGAUCCCGAUACCAAGGGAAAUCACGGGCUGACUUUGACGUUCUGCAUCAGUCGAUUCAUGAAUUCCGGGUUGUUGACCGAUCUGACCAACAUCUUCAGGAAAUAGAGGGCGCGGAGCGAGAGGCCGUUCCAGUUCCUACUCCCGCGACAAAUGCCGGUACGGAUUCGUUGGAUCUGGAUAUGCCACUCAACAAUCUUCUCACUGAAGUCAGCACGUAUGCCCAUGAACAAGGAAUGUGGUCACACUGGUGGGGAUCGCUUGAUGACAUUAAUAUGUCUGUGUUCCAAGACCAAGAUAAUCCAGUAUAG